AUGGAGUCCUUGAACUCGUUAGCUGUGAACAGUCUAAUCCCACAUGCUUUCAACCCCCAACAGGUGCUGAGUGCAACCCAACACUCGUUUGUGCAGGAUGGAGGGAAAGAAUGCUGCAGAGAAAAGAGAACAAUCUGGAGGGCUGACAGGAAGAAAGAGGGAGGCCAGUUCUCAUGGGGAAAGAGCAGAGGGAGAAACUUCAAAACCUCCUCUGUGGUUGAAGGGGACGUGGCCACAGGUUUGAGUAAUGGAUCUCAUGGAGUUGAGCUUCACACUGCUGCAACCGCUCUGCCUGCUAAUCAAGACAUUACAGCCGAUGCUCCUACGUUAUCUCGUCUGUUGGAGAGUGCCACCCCAGUGCAGCAACCUGUCAGUGCUGAUCCCCCUAAGCCCCCCACAGUGGUCCCCCCAGCCCCGGACCACCUCUCUGUGCCCAAAACAGGAGCUGCUGCUGUUGCUGAAGGUUCUGGAGCAGAAGCAGUAAUGGCAGGGUCGUCCACGCCGGCGGAGGUGGAGCGGAAAGAGGCAGAGCUGGUGGAUGAGGACACAGUGGUGUCGGUGUCAUACAUGGCACAUGAACUGGACUUGGAGACAGUGGGAGACAUCAUUGCAAUCAUAGAGGAGAAGGUGGACGAUCCCGUGGAGGCUUUGGACGCAGCCGCGGUGGAGGCGGCUCUCUCUCUCUGUGAGGACCCAGCGGUCGGGGGCCACCCCAUCACCAGCCCUUGGGAGUCACAGACCUUUAAGGCAGCUGAACCAGAGCCCAUCGUCCAGCAAAGUCCUGCCCCAGCGGUCACGCAGAGCUGCCCUGACCCCGCGGGUGUGCAGGGAGAAAUGGAGGUUCUGGUAGAGGAGGCUACAGAAACCGAAGUGGUUGACGAAGUGACAGGGGGCACUGUGGUGCCUGCCGCCCCUGACACAGAGCAGAGCCAGGACUCUGUGGUUAAGAUGGAGGGUGAGAGGCAAGGAGAUGGAGAAGAAGGAAUUGAGGAAACGCAGCAGGAGAACAGAACCCCGAGUCCGACCGUGAAGUGUGAGGGGGAAGACUGGGUUCAGCCAGAGACCGUGAUGCCCUGUCUGGACUCAGAGGAUAGCUCAGCCUCGGCAAAAGACACAAAGGAGGUGAAGGAAGAGGAUGGAGGCAGUGAGGUGGAUGUGGAUGAAGGGAUGGAGAUGAAAGAGUGUGGCGAUGGGGACGGAGAGGGGCCGUAUCUCUCGGAGGUUGAUCCUCCUGCCAGUGAGAGUGAGGAUGGAUACGGCAGUCACUCUCAGCGCUACACUACAGCGGACUCCACCGCCAGCAGCCCUGCCUCAUCACAGUUCUCCAUGUGUAGUGAAGAUCAAGAGGCCUUGCAGGCUCAGAAGAUCUGGAAGAAAGCCAUCAUGCUGGUGUGGCGGGCAGCAGCCAAUCACAGGUAUGCAAGUGUGUUUCUGCAACCUGUGUCUGAUGACAUUGCCCCUGGUUAUCACAGCAUCGUACACAGACCGAUGGACCUAUCAGCCAUCAAAAAGAACAUCGAGUCUGGGCAGAUCCGCACGACGGCGGAGUUCCAGCGUGACAUCAUGCUGAUGUUCCAGAACGCGGUGAUGUAUAACAGCUCGGAUCAUGACGUCUACCACAUGGCCCUGGAGAUGCAGAGGGACGUUCUGGAACAGAUCCAGCAGUUCUUGGCCACUCAGCUGAUCAUGCAAACAUCAGAAUCAGGCAUCAGCACCAAGAGCCUGCGCGGAAGGGAGGCCAACCGCAAACAAGACCCCAAUGAGAAGACCCUGAGUCCUGCACACAAAGACCCUCAUUUAGAGCCAGAACCACCAGCCAGAUGGAAAAGGAACAACUCCAAACAAGACACUUAUGAGAAGGAUGGAGGCACCAGAGGGCGUCGCAGUGCCAUUGAGGCUGAUAUGAAGAUGAAAAAGUGAACUGAGAUGUCUCACUGCAGCUGUUAUGGAAGUGCAAAUAGGCUUUAUUUCCGUUUCUUUAAGACGUUCUGGCUAAGUUUAGUUACUCAAUGCCUCAGUGGUUUGACAGCAAUUCAACAGUCUAAUUACAGAAGGAC